AUGAACGACGUCUCGGCCCUGGUUGCAGCGAUCGGCUUCGGAGGGCCCGCCUUUGUGGACUGGGCGCACGAUGCGCUCGACGAGCGGGCGCAGGUCACGAAGACACGGAGCUUUCGCAGCUUCCGCACUCCAGUCAGAGAAGCUCCGCCGACGACUAGGCACCUGUUGGACUGGAUCGAUGCCAACUGUUGGCCCAUCGGGGUGGCCAUGGUGUGUUUUGCGCCCCGAGCGCGCAGGCGCACCUUGCGGCUGCAGCAGCGGCACCGGCUGCAGCUGCAGCUCAUCAGCGCGGCGGAGGAGACCGGCCUAGGCCGGAGCCUGAUACGCUUUGCGCUGCCCACCAUCCCUGAGGAGUCUUCUUCUGUGGGGUCCUCCUCGUUGCAGCCUUCGCCCCGCAUCGAGGUAGACGCAGGCACAAUGGGCUGCGCAUGGCUGGAGGACACGCGCUUCCCGGCGGCUGAGUCGGUCUUGCGCAAGCUGCCUCCUUCGCCGACGCCGCCGAAUUCUCCCACGGCACAAGGAGUGGCAUGGGACGCUUUUGGCUUGCAGACCCUGCCGGAGGAGAGCGCGGUGGUUACAGAUCCUGGCAUCCAGCAGGACUGGCCUCAGGAGCCUUCAAAGGAAGUGCGCCAAGAGCCAGCACCGAGAUCUCCAGACAAGGCACCGCCCCAGGCAGCGCGCGAAACUCCCGUGCGCAGCCAGGCGCAGCGGCAGCAAUGUCAGCAGAAGGAAUCGAAGACGCCCGGGGCCCAGCGCAGGCCGGAGCCGUUCCGCGCCGCAGAGCUGGUCCCCUUCUUCGAGGAGCCCGCGCCCCUGGUGCGGCGCCUGCUGGACGAGGAGGUGGACGUGGACCCCUGGGAAGCGUUCUUCCUGGACCAGUCGGAAGACAAGCCCAUGCUUCACCGUCUGGCGGCGCGCUUCACCUACCAGCGCACUUGGCGGAAUAUCAAGCUGAUACCGCCGGUGUCUCCAACGCCCAGUGCCUCGCCCUUCUUCUCGCCCUCGUCCUCGCCAAGGUGCGGGUCAGCCAGCAGGGAGUCCACCACCAUCACGGACCAAGAGCAGGAGUCCUUGCCCCGCGCCUGGCCGCUGGGCAGACUCCUGUACCUGGAGCGGCGGGGCAGCGUCUUCUACCGCUACGACUCGGUGCUGGGGGGUCUGAUCGUGGCGGGCUUGGGGGCGCUGGUGCAAUACUCCCGAGACCACGGCUGGGAGCUGUAUGCCCCGGAGAUCCAGCACCACUACGGCUUCCAGGCCCUGGGCGCGGGGGUGACCUUCGCCAUCGUCUUCCGGACGCAGCUGGCCUGGAACAGGUACUGGGAGGCGGUGACGCAGCUGCACUUCAUGUACAGCAAGUUCGCGGACGCCUUCUCGCAGUUCUACGCCUUUUCCGAGGUCACCAUCCGGGCAGCCCAGCGGAAAGGCGACGAGGACAAGAUGGAGGACAUGCAGGAGAAGCAGCGCCGGCUUAAGUCCAACUUUGCGCUGCUCAGCAUGCUUGCUGCCGAUCGCCUUUCCAACGGCGACAACCAGCGAAUGGAAGAGGUACACUCGCACCGAGUCCGAUCACGCUCGGCGAUGAGAGUGGACAAGGAGUGGAAGGGCUUUACUUUGCCCAGCAUCGUGGAGAGGAAGGACUUUAACCGCGCACAGAUUGAUGACAAGGUCUUUGUGGUCUUCGAGAAGCCUACCCAGGAACAGCUGCGAGUCCUCUCUCGAACCUAUGACACGGUGUCCACGGUGAUGUAUUGGAUCAUCUGGGACCUGGCGGACGCCACCUCAGAGCUCUCGGUGGCGCCGCCCAUCCAGUCCAGGAUGUAUCAGGAGCUGUCGAACGGCAUGCUGGGGUUCUACAACUGCCUGAAGAUUGCAGAUGUGCCUUUUCCCUUGCCCUAUGCCCAGCUAUUGGGGCUACUGCUUAUCGCAUUCUCCUGCCUCAUUCCCUUCUAUGUGAUCAUCUUCACGAGCUCUCCGGUGAUCGGCCCGGUGCUGUGCUUCUUUCUCUUCGAGAGCCUCUGGUGCCUGAACGAGGUGGCCAAGGAGUUGGAGAACCCUUUCGGCCAGGACCUGAACGACAUCUCGGUCAUUGACUUCCACGUACGCUUCGUGGACGUGAUCGAGGAUGUGACCCUUGCGGACCAGCAAGCGGUCCUCUGGCCCCACCGACCAGGCUCCAGCACAUGCAAAGAGAUGGUCAUCGGAUGA